GGAGGAAAAUGGAUCCUUUUCGGUUUUCUUCGAUUAAAUACACUCAACACCGCACUGAAACCAAGCUCCUUUCACCGCUCUUCAAUGUGGGUCUUCAAAAUCACCGGCGAAACAAGCCCCGAGUCGUUCGGAUUUCUGUUACCGAUGCUCACGCAACUGAUUCUUCAAGUGAUGAAGAUGAAGAAACGCCGACGGCGCGUCGUCGUGUGAGAAACAGGGUCAAGAAAUUUGUCAAUGAGAUUACCAUCGAGUCGACGAGUAAGUCGUCUUCUUCCCAAAGAAUGAAAGCUCGGAAAAGGCUGGCGGUUAAAGCGCCGGCGGGAAAGAAGUUCAGGGGAGUGAGGCAACGGCCUUGGGGGAAAUGGGCGGCGGAGAUCAGGGACCCGUUAAGACGUGUACGGUUAUGGUUAGGCACCUACAAUACAGCUGAAGAAGCAGCGGUGGUUUAUGACAAAGCGGCGGUUCAGCUGCGCGGGCACGACGCGCUCACCAACUUCAUCACUCCUCUUCCAAGCUCCGGUGAGAAAUCCGGCGAAGAAUCCCACAGCAGUUACCUUCACUCUCCGACGUCCGUUCUUCGUUGCCGCUCGCUUUUGUUAGAUGAAGUCGACUCUCAAAGCGUGGAACAAGAGCGUGGGACCGGAAGCCAAGGUCGAGACUUUGCCGACGAUCCUUGCUGCAUGUCGGGUGAAAACUCAUCGGAAUAUUCCGAGUUCCGGAGUAACAUAUUCAGUUCGGUACCGGAUUUGUUCGACGAUAAUACGAGUUUAGACAAAGCGUUUCUGGGGGAUGAUUUCGGGUACCGAUAUUUGAGUUCGGGUGGGGAUUUCCAGUUUGAAUUUGGUGUGCUCCCCAGCCGCCAACAUGUCCAUGAUCAUUUCCAAGAUAUCGGGGAUCUAUUCGGGUCGGAUCCUCCGUUAGCCUUUUGACCCUUUUUAUGCUCUUUUUUCUCGGUGUAAUGCAAUGCCGGUUUCACGGCAAGUUUUGUAUCCGCGGGAACUGAAAAUAUCGGCUGUUAUUCUUGUUUAUAAUUUCUCUUCAUUUUUUUAGUUGAUCUUUA